GAAAUAUAUAUUCGUCAAUUAGAACACUAAUUUUCAAAGUAAAAUAAAAUUAAAACAUGGAUAAUGAUUAUUAUGACUUUCUUGAUCAUUCAUUAGAUUAUAAACCAAAAAAGAGAGGACAAAGAGGUAGCAUCUCAAGGCAUUUAUUUUAGCUUUGACUGAUUAAGAGAUUAUUGUAAGAGAAAGAAUGAAACUUGUUAAAAAUAGAGAAUCAGCAAAAAAUAGUCGUAAAAGAAAAAAAAUGUAUGUUGAUCUUCUUGAAAAUAAAGUAAGUUUUCUUUAUAAUUUAUUGAGGUUGCUGGUUUAAAUUAAUAGUUACAAGAAUACAAAUAGUUAUAAGAAUAAAGUUAAUCAUUUUUAAGAAACACAUAAGUUUAAUUAUUGUUCGGAAAAUCACAAAAUAAACAAGAUUAAUUGAAUCAUUAUUUUCAUGAAAUAUAUGAUCAAGCCAUUCCUUAAAUAGCUUUACAUAUGAAAUAAACCAAUUCAAAUCCUGUAUUAGAGUUGUGUUUUUAAAAUUUUUAUAAAUGUUUCAAUGAUAUGAAUAAUAUCAAAGAAGAAAUGAUUUAAGAACUUAAAUAAACAGAGGAUACUAUUAAAAUAGCCAGAGAUGUUCCAGAAUUCUAAAAGUUCGUUGAACAUGUUAACAAACUUGAUUAUAAGAAUUAAUUAGACAAUAUAGAAGAAGUAAUUUGUAAAUUUAAUUUAGGAUUUGGGAACUAUUAUUAAAUCCAAUGAUUUAAUGCUAUCUGUUAAAGAAAUUUAUGAAUUAUACAAUAAAUCUUUUCAAUUCUCUAAGAAACCCAAAAUUAAUUGAAAAUAUAUUUAUAAACACCA